AUGGAGGUGCUCAUUAUCUUACUUGGCCUCAGGCGAGCCGCCCUCAGGCCUUGCUUGCAGGGACUAGGCUCUAGGGACCUCAGCCGGCUUUCGCGCUUUCUAUUUCUGCCAGUCUUCCCGUGCCCAGUGUCGUGCGACGGAGUUUUGUUGAAAAAUUCUAUUUCACUUAUUAAAAUUCUCUUCUCGUUUUUGGAGAACUGCCGCACGUGUUUGUUCGGAACGAAAUACGUCCUGGCUCAGAAGUACGCCCAGCGGUGUCACUCGUUUGUCGGCUACUCGGCGUCCCUCUCAACCGGCUGGCUUCCGACAAAUCGUCCCCCCGUCAUUGAGGCCGGCUGCUUUUUUCGUUUCGUGCUCGCGCCGCCGCCGCCGUCUCCCGCCCCUCUGCUCACCGAAAACGAGGCGCAAGUGCAGGUUGCGCUCGAUGCAGCGCAGCUUCCCUUUGCUGGCCCGGCCAUGCGUCGCAAUGUAAAGAUCUUCAAGAUGUUGGGCGACCGCUUCUUCCCGUGGGCGCGAGUGCUGCUCUGGGCGGACGGCAAGCUGCAGCCAGGGCGCGUGCGCCCGUUCGACUUUCACCUGACGGCGAGGAAUGCGACAGGCGGCGCAUGCGCAACGUUUUUGCGGCUGCCGCCACAUCGAUACGCGUUUGGAAAGCGCGCCUCCCGGCUGCCACCGAGCAGCCUCACCCUCGCGCUGCAUGCCGACACUGUGAUCAAGUCCGCACGGUCGCGGAAGUCCGUGUCCGACUCGCUCUCCACGGUCCAUACUCAGCUGGCGGAGUAUCGCGCCGCGGUCCCGGAGAUCGAUGCGUUCUCAACGGCGGCACUCAUCGACAGCGCCUACUUUGUGCUUCACCGGCUGGGCCUGCGGGCGGCUGCUCUACCGCCUCCGCAGUCGCAGACCGCGUUUCGCUGGCUGCAGGCAUGGGCCACGAGUCUGCCAUGCGCGUGCGGAGCCGCGCGCGGAGCACGCGUCGCCAUCGCGCCGUCAGCGCAGUACCACUGGUACUACACGCACGCGCUGUCCGCACCCGGAGGGCCAGGAUCGCGAGUGCAGCCCCGUGCUCGCCGACAUGCCACGCUGACAACUCUCGCGGCGUCGUAA